CUCGUUCCCACUCGUCUGUUCCCCCACAUUCACACCUAAAUUCAUUAGGUUGUCUUGCUAGAAUUUCAGUCCUCGGUUGGGCACUGUUUUGGAAACCAUGCCCAACACUUUUAAUAUUGCACCGUACAUUGCAAAGUAUGUGCGGGCAUUACACGCCGACGAAGAUGCUCCGGAGAUCCCAUAUCGACAAACGCAAUUUGGCGUUGUUCUCAUGGUCGACGUCGUUGGUUUUAGCACUUUGACGACACUCGCCACCCAACGAGGCGACUCUGGUGCCGAAGCUAUUGCACUAGAAGUUGGAGGUUAUAUGGGAGAGUGCAUUCGCAUUAUAGAAUUUUACGGUGGUGAUGUGGUCAAGUUCUUGGGUGACGCCGUCUUGGUAAGCUUCCAGCCACACAUGCAAGAUGUAGCCACUCACGCUGCCCCAGACCCUCCAACCGACAAUACCAUACCUGCUGAAUACGAUGCUCGCACCAAAACUAUUCUAGUACGCCGGGCUUUAGAAUGUGGUUUACAGCUACUCACACGGUUAUCGCAUUACCGAGUGUAUCUCACAGCCGAAGAGCGCUCCCGCCAUCGCGACAUUGACGAUGAACUUGAUGUUCGAAUUACAGCCGAUGCCGCUAAUCACUUUUCUACACGCUCUCCCACCGCGAAUGGUAAAGAAGACACUCGUCAACCUUCCAUUUCCAGUCAGUCCAAUUUGGGAAUACCGCUGUUUAACAACUCCUAUCCUGAGGAAACGUCCAUGUCGUUUAGCAUAUGGAAUAUUCUUUCCUUUCUGCGACCCAAGCGCAAAAUGCCGCUUGGAUCACGACGAACCAGUAUAUCUAGCGAUUCCUCCACUCGAGAUUUGAAUUCUGUCGAUCUGGAACUCCAUAUCGCUUUAGCAUGCGGAGAUGUUACGAAUAUUGUGAUUGGCGAUGUUGGACACCAAGAUUCUAUCCAAUAUUCCUCCAGUUUGAGAUCAGCUCGGGCCAGAAAACGAAUAUCACGUCUAGCUCGUAUCGGCGAAGAAGGCUUCGAAUAUGCCGAUAGUGAUCGCAUCGACGCGGAUGAAGAACAAUUGAAAACGCAACGAGAUGGUCGUUUAGAGUACGCUAUUUGCGGAGAAGCGGUUGAAGGCUUGGAUGAAGCCUUAUCGGUAGCAAAGGCAGGUGAAAUGAGCAUUACUCCACAAGCUUGGGAAUUAAUUAAUCCCCAAACCCUGGAUUUGAAUUAUGAAAAGCGACAUGAAUUCAUGAUUGUUCGCCAACCACCGGAAACCGCUAAGAAAUCGUCCACCGGGAAGGCUGCUAACAAAGCCGGUACAGGUGCAUCCACUCUCGCCGAUCGAACAUUAACAUCUAAUAUCACGUCCAAGCUCAACCUAGAACCGCUUAUACCCAAAGUUCGCAACACAUCCUUCUUGGAAAUUUCCACCGAAACCAAUCCCCAUUACUAUAAAUAUCUGAACCGAAGCGCUUUACAUCGGCUGCGACAAAGCGACGAUGGUAACUUCCCUGCUCAAUUCAGAGACGCCACUAUCAUGUUUAUUUCUCUUGGCAAAUUGAAGGUCUGGACGGACGAAGGUAUAGUCCAUGCCCAAACCGCCAUGACACGAGCCAUCAAAUGCUUGGUGAAAUAUGAAGGAAUGCUGCAGCAGUUUGCAGUGGAUGACAAAGGUGCUACCAUUCUGGCAGUGUUCGGUCUCCCUCCUCUGUCUCAUGAACGUGAAGCGGUGUUUGCUGCAAAAGCUGCGGUUGAGUUAAGAGAAGAAUAUUUGGAUGCCGGUUUCUCGGAAUUCGCCAUUUCUUUAUCCACUGGACUCAUCUUCAACGCUGUCUUACCUCAAGGAAAUCCCUUCCGCCGCGAUCCCGGUAUAUCCGGUGACACCAUUGUCAUGGCGGUCCGAAUGUUGAAAUUUGACUUUUCGUCACAACAUGUUGUUUGCGAUGCUCAAACGAAGCAACAAAUUGGAGGUCUCUGCGAGUUUGAAGAUAUGGGUGAAAACUAUGUCAAGGGCAAGGCCAAACCCAUUCAGAUCUAUAGAAUCAUGCGUUUUGGAGAUGAAAAGAACAAACGGAUCACAGCACAAAGCAUUGAGAAGUCAAGCGAUUUCAUUGGAUACAAGCAAGAAUUAGCCAAGGCAACCCAGUUUAUAGAUGAAUGGAAUGUAGCUAAGAAUCAGCAUGUUUUGAUUGUCACUGGUCCGUCUGGAGUGGGUAAAAGUUACUUUUGCCAAGCCAUUCAUAAGCUUGUGAUCGGCUACGGAGUACACACAUGGUAAGCUCUCUAUAUUCGAAUGUCCCAAAAAACAGCCCGAUGGAUAGGUUAUUAACUGGGAUUUCUUUUUUCUUUUCGCUCCCUUUUAGCUGGUCCACUGCAACCGAAGGUAAGAACCAACAUAAGUUUUAG